GCACCGGGGCGGGCGUGCAGGCACAGCGGGGACAUCGCCGCCGCUUUCUCUUUUGGUUUUGGUCCAAGCGUUGCACGCGCCAACACGUCCCGCCGGCAACGGCCGCUCUCAGCAGCAGAGGAAGCGGCGGUGGGGGCAGCGCCGGGGGGAGCGGGACCCCGCGGGGGGGAACGUGGUGAGGAUGGAGCACGGAGGGGUCCCCGCGCUGCGGUGGCUGCUGCUGGCGUUGGCGCUGCCGGCGCGGGGCGGUGAGUGCUGCGGCGAUGGGAGAUAAGCGCAGAGGGUUUCGCUGAGCGAUACGCGGACGAUAAGCGAAGGGGAUCACGCAGGGAGCUUUCAUGGCAGCGGGGGGAGGUGUUCCGGGCUGGGCGCACAGCGCAUGGCAGCGGGAUGGGGUUCGGGGGGUGCUGGAGGGCAGAGAAGCGCGGCAUCCCCGGGAGAACAGGGCUUUUCGGGUGGGAAUCACUGCCCCACUGCUGUAGUCCCUGUGCCCCACUGCACAGCGCAGCGCUGCUUGCUGCAUGCGGCCGCCCCGGUGCCAGGGGCCCACAGCCCCGCUGCGCUGCCGGCUGAGCCCUCCCACCCUCCACGCGGCCUCUGAGCCAUCUCUGGCUUCUGUGGGUCAUGUGGAGUCACGGUGGCACCGGGGGAGGCCCUGCAGGGCGCUGGGAGCAGGAGCACCGCCAGCCCCCGGCCCCCUCCCCAUCCCCAUGGCCCCGGGUCAAGCAAGCUCCAUUACCCCGAGCCCCCACGAGCCCAGGUGUGACUCCCUGCCUGCAGGUGCCCCCGAUCCCCCCCCCGGGCUCUCCUGCUUCAGGCGCUGCAGCUCCGGCCCCUUCACCUGCUCCUGGCCACCCCACGGCCCCUCCGGCAGCACCACCUACGUCCUCGUGCUCUGGUGAGUCGGGGGCACUGUGCCCCACCAGGAGCACACAGGGGACACUCGGGGACGUAGGGGACACGGUGCCGCCGCCGUGCACCACGGGUGAGCGCUUUCCCCGCAGCUACGUGAGCCGGCAGCUGUGCCAGCGGCACGAUGCGGGCACCGCCACGGUGCACAUCCUGAAGCAGCACGAUGUCUACAUCCACACCAACGCCACGGCCUGGGUGGAGGGGCGAUGGGGACAGCACCUGGAGCGCAGCCCCAACAUCACGCUGCACCUCGGAGAGGCCGUGAAGCUGGAUCCCCCCCCCGACGGGACGCCCUUCGCUAAGGCCAAUGGGCGCCUGCAGCUGUGGCUGCCGCGGCCGCAGUGUCACCAUGAGGAGCAGCCGCCGCCACGCAGGCAGGCUCGAUUCCGCCGGGUGGGUGACGGCGGCUGGACGCAGGUGACGUGUGAGACAGGGAAGGGUGUGGAUGGAGAGGAUGACCCAGGUCUGUUUCACCCCAUGGGAUGCUGGGGGUCAGGGUGGGGGGACAAACACAGCCUGGGGGGGGGUCUCCUCACCACCGCUGACCCGGUGUGCUGCGAGCUGGGGGGAACCGCUGCCUUUGAGGUGCAGCUCCGGCACAGGACGCAGCACUGGAGCAGCCACUGGAGUGACUGGAGCGCAUCCAUCUUCAUCCCCGAGGAGAUCCUGGAGAGCCCUAAGUUGAACUUCAACCUGGGACAACUCGGGAGAAAUGGGCAGAGGCUGCUGCAGCUGGGCUGGCAGCGCGCCCGAGAGGCACAGGGGGAAGUCACCUACACGCUGCGUGCCCGCAUGCCGGCGUGCGGCUGUGCCGAGGAGGAAGAGGUGGUGCUGGGGCCGGAGGAGACAGAAUACAACCUCACACUCUGCGGGGCCGCGUACGACAUCAUGCUGACAGCCACCAACGCUGCCGGAACCAGCCCUGCGUGGCGGCUGCAUGUGCUGGCGGAGCAGGACACAGAGCUCAGCUUCCAGGACAUCAGCUCGGUGGGCGGCACGGUGACGGCGCGCUGGGAGGCGCUGACCCACGGCUUCACCUUCUGCUCCGAACGGCAGCGGGUGCCAGGAACCCCACAGCCAGGGCACUGCGUGCAGGGGGAGUUCCUCGCGCACAGCUCCCAGGAGCAGACAGGCACGGCAGCUCCCCGAGCCCCGCGCCCUCCCGCUGGCUGCAGCCACGCGGUGACGGUGCUGCUCCCCAUGCAGGGCCGCUGGAAGCGCCGGCGUGUUACUGGCUCGCCGUGCACGGCCGCAGCGUGGAGCAGGACUGGGCCACCUUCGCUCAGCAGCAUCACUUUGUCGGCAACAGUACGUAGGGACCGGGGACAUCACAACCCCCAGUGCGGCACAGAGGGCCGGACGGACCCUCAACGGCCGCUCCCACCCCGUGCAGCCUCUUUGGCCGCCUCUGUCCGCAUCAACGCCAGCGCCGAUGCCGCCGUGCUGCGCUGGGAGCCGUCCCCGCGCGCCGCCUGCCCCGGGGCGCUGCUGGGGUACCACGUGUGCCACGCGGCCGAAGGGGACAACGUGACACGUGAGUGGUGGCAUCACCGCCGGGACAAGAUGGGGGACAGCGGGAGGGGGGCUCUGGGCGCUGCUGCCCGCGCGCUGUCACUUACAGAUGGUGAAGUGAACGCGUCGGCAUCGCACUACGCACUGCGAGACCUGAAACCGGGCACCGCCUACAGGGUGGGCAUCCAGGAGAUGGCAGCGGGUGGCGGGGGCACCUGCAGCGCCCGGUGGCACUUCCAGACCACGGCACCGGGUGUCGGGGCAGCGGUGUGGAGCUCCAACCUGAAGUAUCUGGGCAUCUCACUGGGGCUCCCUGCCGCCGCCCUCAUCUACCAGCUGAGCAAGAAGAGGCUCCACGGGAUGCUCUUCCCUCCCCUGCCCAAGCCUACGGGCAGUGAAGCGCUUCGGUUCUCAGCCAGCGAGAUGAGCCAGGUGAGCUGCAACGUGCACCCUGGGAUGAGCCGUGUGGCCGAGACCUCCCAGCACAGCGUUCCUUCUCCCCAACAGGACAAGCCCUGGAAAAGCUUCGUGGAGCCCUCAGAGCAGCUCAGCCCUGGGGAGCUGCUGGUGAUGGAGCUGAGCUCUGAAAAGGAGGCGGCCACCAGCACACAGCCCCACACACCACAGCUCAGCUCCAAAGAACCAACAGAGCUACUGCAGCCAUGCUGCGAGAUGGAGCUGCCCUUCGCAUACCGGCGGCAGGAGGUGCCAGACCCAGAGCCAGCAGGGUCAGGGGGGGUCCCCACCUGCGGCCCCACAGCUGCAGAGGAGGGGGGUGUGGGCAGCUGGGGGCUGAGCCAGGCGCUGGUGCCUCUUGUGCUGCUCAAACCCAUCACCCCACAGGACCAGGAGGAUGUGGGGCUGCUGCAGGACAAGGUGGUGCCUUAGUGACCCCAGGGAUAGGGGACAAGUGGGUCCCGCAGGCAGCGAGGGGGUGAUGCUGAGGGUCCGGGAGGGCUGAUGCUGAGCAUCCAGGUGGGGUGCUGAGUGCCCUCCCCAAGGCACGGCCCCGUGGGCGCUUUCCUGGGGGGUUUCUGAUUUCCAGGAGCACCUCUGCACUGCACAGGGCUAGGACCCAGCGAGGCCCGAAAUAAUGAGGGCAGGGGGCUGCGGGCUCAGCUCCCCGUGUGGGGGUAGGGAUGUUUCCUUGGACAUAAGGAAUCUGCUUUGGGAGCACAUCAGAGAGUGAACACUGCAUCCCUGUCCCUGUGGGAUGGGGGCACAGCCAGCCCCAGCGCCGAGCACCGAAAUACCAGGGUGUAAAAGUAAAGAAAAACCAAACAGCGGCGCUCCCAUGUUCUCCUUGUCCCACCCGGGUCAGGGGAACCCCGGGAUUUGGUGCCGGGACCCCGAGCAGUGUGGUCGGACACGUGGGGCUGCGGGGGCUGCGGGGCUGCGCUGUGCGCCGUAUCUGGGGCAGAACCCUUCGGCAGCGGUUUGCGGUUCGUCUGCCCCACACCGGGAGCGGAGGCGGGCACCGGUGUGUGCUGAGAGUGCAAAAAUUAACGCUGAGAAAACAGGAACGGGGUUAAGAGGCAGAGGGAGAUGUGGGGAGAGGCGGCGUCGCCCCGCUCCGCUACGCGAGAGAAUUCUCCCCACUUCGGCUCCUGCUCGGAGGACCCCGGGGUGCGGAGGUCACCGCGUUUCGGGGCGCUCCGUCGUGUCCGGCGUCACCGCGUCGGAGCCGGCAGCGGACCACGAGGUGGCACCAGCCCCGCGUUCCCCUCGGGCAGCUGCGCUCCGCCGUCCUCGCGCAAACCGAGCCCAACCGAGCCCCCACCGCCCACGCCCCAACCCCGCGCGGUGACCGGGCAGCGCAUCCCCGCAGCGCAGCGCCGACCCUUCCCCGGCCCUAACGCAGCGCGGCAGCCCCUCUCCUUCCUCUCCAAACACAAAGCGCUGGGGUUGGGGAGGAGGACGGGCGGCCCGCAGCUUCCCGUCCCCCACGGCGCUUCAUUUUAGGGCUUUGGUUGCGAUGGACCCAACUCACAGCGCUCCCCGCCGCUCGCAGGGGAAGUGCUGCGUUACGGGUGCGCAGCGCUCGGGUUGCAGCCCGGCCCCUGUUUAGAGCCCAACUUUUAGGGUCACGGCUCGGGCCGAGCACAUGGCGCGGCACGGGGCCAGGACACGGGCACCGCGGUCCCGACGGUGGCUGUGGCAGGACAGCAAGUCCCCGCCACCGCCUGAAAAACACCCCGGGGGGGGGGGAGGGGGUCCUCACCGUGCCCGCGGGGUCACCAUCCCAUCGCGUCCCUUUGGGGACAGCCCCGUCCCCAGCGGCACGGCAACCCCGUGAGCCCACAGAGCCCGCAGGCACAGCGCUGGGGAAAAUUAAUGAAGCCUCGUGUGAUGCCAAUUAGCACGAAUGAGCGGCUCAGGGUUCCCUAAUGAGUUUAAAUGGCACAAAACUAUUUUCCAAAGGAGUUUCCGGGAGCGGCCGUGACCUGAGGACGGCCACGGGAACGCGACAGGGACGGGGUCGGCUGCAAGGACACGGCAUUGGCCACCCCGACCCGGACACACUGCGGAGCAUCGGCCACGUGCGGGCUGAGAACGAGCAGCUCAUCACACGGGAGCGUGGGGCUCCUCCCGGGUGGAUGAGGAGCAAAAAUCAUCCCUCAGGAAUGGGGAAAACCCCAUAGGAACGGGGAAAAAGCGCAGCCCGACGAAUCAGCCCCAAGGGCGCCCCAAAGCCGCGACCGUCCCCCGCGCUGGGGCGGAGAUUUUCCUUCUCGGAACGGAGCCGAGGACCCCGCGGCCCCGUACACCGAGUGCCCAGCCACCCCGACCCGCGCUAAUUCCGGCCCCGCCGCCGUUAUUUUUGGAGGAGGUCACCCGACGCGGCGCGGCCGUACCUCGCUGCGCUAUUCCUGGUCCCGGCCGUGGGAGCCCCGCACAUCCCCGCUCCCAGCGCUGCCCCAGAGCGGAGCCCCGCCCGCACUCGCGGGGGCUGCUUUUCCCAUCCCCCCCUCCCCCAUCCCCGGGUCAUUGCAGCCCCCACUACGGCACCGAGCUGACGGACGGGGCAAACCUUGCAGCUCCGGAACUGCACCCCCCCGCUAAAAAAAAACCCUCGUGGGGUCCCCCCACCCCAAAACUCCCCCAGGCGAUGCCGUGCACAGCCCGGGCUGCAGCUGGGAGGGGAAGCGGCCGCGCGCUGUGGUUUUGCAGCUCCGGGUUUUUCUGCGCUGCAUUUCGCAACCGCCGCCGCGCGACGACAGCAGCAGCGGCUCCGCUCUUUGCACACACACACACACACACACACACACACA